CCGAAAACAGAUCAGUUUCAGUUUUAGUGUGUAUUGUGAUUUCCGAAGAGUCUACUGCUGUCAAAGUGUGCGUCUCUAAACUUCCUGUUUUUUCGGUUGUCACUCAAAGGUCUUUCCGAGUUCAGUCGCCAAUAUGCCACCGAAGAAGGACACUAAAGGAUCGGCUAAACAGCCGCAAAAGACCCAGAAGAAGAAGGAAGGAUCUUCGGGUGGAAAGGCCAAGAAGAAGAAGUGGUCCAAGGGAAAAGUUCGUGAUAAGCUGAACAAUCAGGUCCUCUUCGAUAAGGCCACCUAUGAGAAGCUCUACAAGGAAGUGCCCGCCUAUAAGUUGAUUACCCCAUCUGUCGUGUCUGAACGUUUGAAGAUCCGUGGCUCUUUGGCCAAGCGAGGUCUACGAGAGCUAUGCCUCAAGGGACUGAUUCGGCAGGUGGUACACCAUCACGCUCAGGUUAUUUAUACCAGAACCACCAAGGGAGACGAUCCAGUGGCAUAAACUGGCUUCGGUAUCUGUAUCGUUGAAUUAAAUACUUUAAUGAGAAAAAAAAAUCCACAUAGAAAUGUGGAGGCUACGAGAGCAAAGUGGUGUUGAGUGUGAAGCAUUCCGGUUAAUGCUGGAGACCGCUAAUUGAACGAGAAUAAAUAAUGUAUACCAUUCGUCUUUUUCAACCAUGAUAUCGGAUGAAAACGGAGAAAAGUAUACCUUUGAAGUAAAA